CAGCUGACCACUUCCCUCGGCCAGAGGCCCCGGCCUGGAUCAGGCUCGGGCUCCUGGGCCGCGUGAUGCAACCCAAAAAAGGUGCAGCAACGCACGUGUCCUCGCCGGCGCCCGGGCCUCGCGCGUCCAGGCCUCGCGCGCCGCCGCCCAAACGCCGCGUCCGCCUGCCGUAGGGAGACUGGGGACCCGGAGCCGCGCCGCCCGCCGCCAUGCGGUUCCGCUUCGGGGUGGUGGUGCCGCCCGCGGUGGCCGGGGCCGGGCCGGAGCUGCUGGUCGUGGGAUCUCGGCCCGAGCUGGGGCACUGGGAGCCGCGCGGCGCCGUGCGCCUGCGGCCGGCGGGCACGGCGGCGGGCGCGGGGUCGCUGGCGCUGCAGGAGCCGGGCCUCUGGCUCGGGGAGGUGGAGCUGGCGGCCGAGGAGGCGGCGCAGGACGGGGCGGAGCCGGGCCGCGUGGACACGUUCUGGUACAAGUUUCUGAAGCGCGAGCCGGGAGGAGAGCUCUCCUGGGAAGGCAAUGGGCCUCACCAUGACCGUUGCUGUAUUUAUAAUGAAAACAACUUGGUGGAUGGUGUUUAUUGUCUCCCAAUAGGACACUGGAUCGAGGCCACUGGGCACACCAAUGAGAUGAAGCACACAACAGACUUCUAUUUUAAUAUUGCAGGCCACCAAGCCAUGCAUUAUUCAAGAAUUCUCCCAAAUAUCUGGCUGGGUAGCUGCCCUCGCCAAGUGGAACAUGUAACCAUCAAACUAAAGCAUGAAUUGGGAAUCACAGCUGUAAUGAAUUUCCAGACAGAAUGGGAUGUUGUACAGAAUUCCUCCGGCUGUAACCGCUACCCGGAGCCCAUGACUCCAGACACUAUGAUUAAGCUAUAUAAGGAAGAAGGCUUGGCCUACAUCUGGAUGCCGACACCGGACAUGAGCACUGAAGGCCGUGUCCAGAUGCUGCCGCAGGCGGUGUGUCUCCUCCACGCGCUGCUCGAGAAUGGACACACCGUGUACGUGCACUGCAAUGCUGGGGUGGGCCGCUCUACCGCGGCCGUGUGCGGCUGGCUCCAGUACGUGCUGGGCUGGAAUCUCCGGAAGGUGCAGUACUUCCUCGUGGCCAAAAGGCCGGCUGUGUACAUUGAUGAAGAUGCCUUGGCACGGGCGGAGGAAGACUUUUAUCAGAAAUUUGGGAAGGUUCGGGCUUCCGUAUGCGGUGUAUAGGUGACGGAGCUGCCUCCUCUCCCUCCCGGUUUCCUUAGGAAGCCUGGGGUGAUGCUUGUAAAUGACCUAAAAACCAAGAUUCUUCCUCAGCUGGAAAGACGGAGCCUGGCUUCUCCCCUGACCCGCCUUCUUUAGUCUGGCACUGACUUUCAUCAUGCUUUGGUUGAGCUGUAUCUUCUUUGAAAUAUUUUACAAAGGAAGCUGUGACUGACACAGGAGGAAAAUCCACCAGCAGUUGGCCUGUGCAGUGUGGUUCCAGCAUCAGACAGAAAGGGAGUGGGUGCAGUUCUGUGUGUGCAGGCAGCCUGGCCCUGCAGCACGGUGGCUGCUUUGCUGACUGUGAAUGCACACCUCCCUUGCUUGUUGCCUUGCGACCUGGUGUGUGGAAGAAAAGGUCUGGAGUUACGUAGAUGUCAUCACUGCAUGUGUGUACACACACACACACCCCUACAUGCACAGCUUUUCUGCUGAACUGAAAUGGAAUUAUACAGUGAGAGUUGGUCAGUUGACCAAAGAAGAGAAUAAGGGUGGGCGGGAGCUGGACUGUGAUAAAGUAGGAGGCCCAUAUGACCCAAAGCGAUGACUUUCUAGACUUUUUUUUUUUCAUCCUGCUUCCUGGUUGUAGAAUGUGUUCCAAGGUCUCACCUUUCUUCCCUACCCGCAGCCCUGUGUGACAGCCUCAGGAGUGUUAUUAUCUCUUUCUGUUGUAGCCGAGGCUCCAUGAGCGGAGGGAGCACGCCCAAGGUCUCAGGGCUGGUCAGGGACGAGCUGGAGUUUAUCACCCAGGUUUAUCUGACUCAGUGCUUUUUCAACACAACCUGUGGUUUUGCCAGCACACUGUAGUGAGUUCAGACUCUCUCAGAGGAAGGUCGAUUUUUCUGCAGCAGUUUUUACAGUGAGAAAUGGACCAGUGUUCUGAUCAGUUGCCAUAGAAUUCAGGAAAGUAGUUAUCCUAAUUUAAACGUCGGUGGGCUGUCUCAAGGCUAGAGUGACCUGAGCCGUACGUGGCUCACAAGAAGAGCUCUAUUCCCGAAAGAGCCCGGAGUGCCAAAGUCCACCGAUGAUUGUUCCACAGUUUAGGAGCGAUCCUGGGUUAGCCCUCAAUUUAAUACAAACCACAGUUACUGUGCCUCCAGACUAUGCAGUUCACUCUCCUGGCUUCUAUAGGAACUAUAAAGAUUAAUGGGAUUUUGCCUUCAAAAAGCUCAGAGCCUAGAAAAAGCCCUGUGUUCAAUCAGGUGCACUGCAGGGUUGAACUAGUAAUGAUUUGCUGGAAUGGGGAAGCGGAAGUAACUUUCAUUGGGUGCUUCUUAUGUGCUAGACGCUUUACAGUCUUAUUUAAUGUAAUCUUCGCAGUACCCGAUGAGGGAGGUUUUAUUAUCUCCAUUAUACAGAUGAGGAAACUAAGACUCAGAGAGAUUAAAUCAACUGUCCUCUAUCACAUGGUGAAUAAAUAGAUGAAAUAAGACACAAAGCUAGGUUUGUUUGACUCAAAGCCCAUACUUUUCCUAUUAAAUUACAAUGCUUAUUUAUUUUUCUUCUCUUUCUUUUCUUCCAUAAGUAUUUAUUGAUAGAUAUGAGAUUUAGGAAGUAUGGGGAUAAGAAGGAUGAAAGGUAAGUCCCAGUGGAGUUCAGAGGAGAGAGAGGCAUGUUAUAGCUGGGACUCAGAGGAGAUGGCAUUUAAUUUGGGCAGAGAAAGCUAGACAGGACACGUGUAUCCUACAAUUUUGCAAAGUUAAAUUUAUAAGCCAGGAUUACAUAAUAUGAAGUCCAGUUCUCUUGCUAAAAAUAAGUAGAAAUAACUAUUUUACUCAAGUAGCCUGUAGUCAUAAUGUGUCAUAUAAAAUUUAAUCUUAAAUAUGGAAUAUUUCUAACUAAUUAUAUAAAUGUGUGUGUGUGAGAAUUUCUUUAAUGUCUAAGAAGUCCAACUAUGUAACUUCCACUAUAGAAAGACUUUUUUUGGGGGUGGAUUUUUCCCUUUUUGGACUUUGAUAGACAGAAUCUGUUUAGGGCUAUUAAAAACAUUUUGGAAAAACUUCUCAUCCUCAAUGAAUGGGAUGUUCCAUGUAUUUCAGAAUCACCUGGAACUUUUGCUAAA